AUGAAAGAAAUAAAUAGUAGUAAGAAUGAAAUUUUAUUUUGGAAAGUUUUUAAAAAUAAAUUAUUAUUUAAUAAUAUUUUCGAUGUUAUGGUAAAAAUACCAAUAAAAUAUAAUGAUUAUACAAAGAUUCAUUCAUUUAAUAGAAUAAAAUUUAAAUAUAUUAUUUCAUUAAAAUUUAUGAUCGAAAAGAAUCUCUAUAAAUUAUUAAAAUGUAAAUUAGAUAAUAAAGAGUCAAUAAUUGUUGAAGAGGAUUCAAUGAUUUCGAUAUUUAAAAAAAAACAAAAUAUUGAAGAUGAAAAAAAAAAUGAAAAAUUAUUAUUAUUAAUUUUAAAAAAUAGAGAAACAUUAAAAUUAGAUAAUAGUUUUGAUUUUAUACAAAAAGCAAUAUUUGAAUCAAAUGAAAAAGUUUUAAAUCUUUUAUUAAAUUAUCCAAAUGAAAUUUCAACAAAUCAACUACAUCAAAAACCUCUUUUAAUAAUUAAAGAUUCACACAUUCAAAGUAUAAUUGGAAAUUCAAAUGUUUCAAUGUUAAAAACUUUAUUAAAUUCAUCACUAUUUAAAAAUCAGCAACAACAACAAUUGGAACAAUUUCAUCAAUUAGUACCUUCAAAUGAAUUAAAAAAUAAAAUUAUUUCUAUUACAAUUAAUAAUAGUUAUCGUUGCAAUGAAGAGUUAUUAGAAUUUAUUUUAGAUAAUCCAACACUUUAUAAUACCACCACCACCACCACCACCAAUAUCACAAAACCAGAUGGUGAUAUAAAUGUUUCAAAAAUUGAAAUUAAUAAAUUCUUUGAAAUUGAAUCAUUUGAAAUUAAAAAGAGGUUAUUCAAUUUAAAGUUUUUAGAAAUUGAAUUUAACAUUGAAAUAUUUAAAAAAAAAGUGAAUUCAAUCACUAAAGAUUCUUCAAUAUUAAAAGAAAAGAUUGAAAACAUUUUAAAAAUAGUUAAUAAUAAUAAAGAAAAUUCCCAUGAUCAAGAUUAUGGUAAUGAAUUUAAAAGUCUUUUAAAAUUAUAUUCUCCAUAUUCAAAUGAUGUUUAUAAACAAUACAUUUUAAAUUAUAAAGAGAUAAUCGAUGAUGAUCAUGAUGAUGUUGAAUAUUUACAAUUUAUAGAUAUUAAUAAAAAGAUUGAAACAGAGCUAUUAUAUUCACUCAAUACUUUUAAUUUAGAAUUAUUAAAAAAAGUAAUUGAAAAAAAUGAAAAACAACAAAAACAACAACAACAAAAACAAGUGUUUCAAGAGAUUUUUAAAAAAUAUGUUCCAAUUGAUAUUUAUAGAGAAAAUGAAACAGUUUUAUCUCAAGUAGAGAUUAUUUUUAAUAAUAAUUCAAAAGAAUCCAUUUUAGAAUUCAUUAAAUAUUAUUCAUCAAAAGAUGUAUAUGAAUUAAUUGGUAACUUAUAUUGUGAUCAUAUUAUUAUUAUGUUUUGUUUUCUUUAUUCAUCAGAUACUAAAGAUCAAUAUUUAGAAUUUUUAAAUUCAAUUAAUCAAUAUUGUUGUUCAUCAUCAUCUUCAUCGUCAUUGUCAUCAUCAAUUGAUUCAGAACCAAAUGAAAACGGUGCUAAUGAAAAUGGUGCAGAUGGAAAUGGUGGUGCAGAUGAAAAUGGAGCUGAUGAAAAUGGUGGUGCAGACGAAAAAAAAGAUAAAUAUUUACAUAUUCAAUCAAUUAAAUGUUAUUUUCCACUAGAAUGGAAUUCAUUUUUAAAGAAUAUUAAAUCAUAUUAUCCAUUUACUAAAGAUAGUAAAGUACCAUCAGUUACAAUGAGUAUUGAUGAUAAAGAAACAAUUGAUUGGUUAUUUAAUACAUGUGGUCAUUCAACAUUUUCAAAGAUAAUUGUUAAUUAUUUACGUUUGAAAUCAAUUGAUUUAAUCGAAUAUACAAUUGAAAAAUAUAAACUCAAUGGUAAAGAAAGAUCAUUACUAUAUUCAAUACCAUUUUAUAAUGCAAUCAUUGAUUUCAAUGUUAAUGAAAUUAAAAAAAUUAUCAAUUUAAAUAUAAAUGGUCCAAUUGAAGAGUAUUAUAAUUUCAGUACAUUAUUAUUAAAUUCAUUUACUGAAAAAUUUAUUAAUAAAGAUGAAAAAGAUAAACAUGAAGAUAAAGAUGAACACGAACAUGAAGAUGAAGAUCAAGAUGAAGAUCAAGAUGAAGAUGAAGAUGAAGAUGAAGAUGAAGAUGAAGAUGAAGAUGAAGAUGAAGAUGAAGAUGAAGAUGAAGAUGAAGAUGAAGAUGAAGAUGAAGAUGAAAAAGAUGAAUAUGAGGAUGAAGAUUUUUCAAAUAAUUUUUAUAAAACAUUCAGAUACUUGAUAAAAAUUAAUUUCAAAAAUUUUUCAACAACUGCGUUUAAAGAAUUUUUAAACCUGUUAUUGAUAAGAAGCGAUUGUGGUGAACUUAUUAUAAAAGAUAUUAAUUUUACUGGUAUUGAAUUUUCAACUGAAAAUUUAGAAAGAAGAUUUCUACCAAUUUUGUUUUCUACAUUCUAUCAUUCAAUAGGUGAACCCGGUCCAUUGUCUUUUUAUGGCUAUUUCAAUAGUAAAGAUAUGUCUAGAAUUUUUUCAGCUAGUUUAGAAAUAUUUGAAGAUUUUGAAUUUUAUAUUAGUGAUUGCUCUGGAGAUAUAGAAAGUCUUUGUUUGUUUAUUGAGUUUUUAUUAAUCGAUUAUAAGUAUUCAACAUAUAUUCCCUCUACAACUACCAGUAGUAGUAGUAGAAGCAGAAGUAGUAGUAGUAGUGGUAGUAGUAGAAGUAGUAGAAGUAGAAGUAGUAGUAGUAGUGGUAGUAGUAGAAGUAGUAGUAGAAGUAGAAGUAGUAGUGACUCAAGUACAACGUCACCACCAUCAUCUCCAAAUAUUGAUACUGAUAAUUUUUCAGAAUUAAGGUAUCAAAAUCUAUUUGAAAAGUUAGUAGAGGAAAUUUAUAAACUUUUAUUAAAACAAAGUCAUAAAUGUGGUAAAUUUGAUUGGGUUUACGUAGGUUAUUAUUUAAUAGAAGAAGCCAAUUAUGGAGACAAACCAUUUUGUAUUGAUUUGAAUUCAAACUAUUUUCAAUAUGAAUACUUGUCAAUGAAAUCAAUAUAUCUUAAAAAAUAUUUAAAUGAAGUAUAUGGAGAAUUGGAUGAAGACGAAGAUCAAUUUUUCAAUUUUAAAAUUUCAAUUAAAAAAAUCUUUGAUGAUAAAACUUCAGUUGAAUCACUCUAUAAAGUAUUGGAAAAAAGUUUAAUACGUGAUAAAUUACAAAUUUUAAAUGAGCAUUUAAUAUUUUUUUUAGAUAUUAAUAGAAUCAAUUUAUUCUUUGAUCAAUUAAUCAAAUUCAAAUCAAAAAUUAAAGGUAAUAUUUCAAAUCAGGAAAUUAAUUUUUCAGAUAAAGUUUUUAUUACAACAUUAAAAGUUUUAGAUGAAAAUUCAUUUAAAUCAUUUUUUAAUGAUUAUUGUUCCAAUCAAUUUUAUUCAUUUUAUUUUAAAAAUAAAGAUACAAUUACUCUAUAUGAUAAUUCUGAAAUUGUAAAACAAUUAAUAUCUUUAAAAUCUGACGAUCAAUUAUCACCAAAAAAUUAA